CACAGCUGAGCUCCAGGCUCCAGCACAGCGAGCAGGAGGCGACGGAGAAAGUCUCAGAAAUGGAGAAGAAGCUGAUUCAGAACACAAAGGAAGUGGCUCUCCUAAAGGAGAGUCUCCGUGAGUCCUGCUCGCAGGUGACUCUCCUGCAGCAGCGAGAACGGGAGAGAGAGCUAGAGCGUGAGAGCGAGAGAGAGAGAGAGAGAGACAAGGAUCGGUCCACCCAGGCCCUGAGGGAUCUGGAGGUUAAGGUCCAGGACCUGGUGGAGCAGGGGCUGGUCCGGAUGGAGCGCUCCGCCUCUGGAAACCUGGACGUCCAGGUGGUCCCGCUCAUCCAGCACGUGAUAAAGAAAGCUAAGGAGGAAAGCGAGUCAGGUAAAGACCACGAGGCCUCUCCCCCCUCCUCAGACCCUCAGCCUCCCCCUUCUCUGCAGUCAGGGACAGUUCAAGCUGCUCCACCUCCUCCUCCUCCUCCUCCUCCUCCUCCUCCUCCUCCUCAAGCUCUUUUUCUAGGCUUAACUCCUCCUCCUCCUCCACCACCUCCACCAGCGGCUCCCCCCUUCCCACUGCUGGGUGGUACGACCCAGCCCUCAGGGGAUAUGACUCAUGGCAGCUCAGGUUAUAGAAAGAAGAAGACCAUUCAGACCAAAUACCGCAUGCCCCUGUUGAACUGGCAGGCCCUUAAAUCCAACCAGGUGGCAGGAACCAUCUUCAACGAGCUGGACGAUGAGCACGUCUUAGAGGAGCUCAACAUGGCAACCUUUGAGGAGCAGUUCAAGACCAAGGCCCAAGCCACCCCUGUUGAGCUGGGGACCCUCAAGAUGAAACUGGCCCACAAGACGCCCAGUAAAGUGUCUCUAAUGGAGCCCAACCGGGCCAAAAACCUGGCCAUCACCCUGCGCAAGGAAGGAAUGGCUGCAUCCGACAUCUGCUGUGCAAUCGAGACGUACAACCAGAGAGCUCUGAGCUUGGACUUCCUGGAGCUCCUGGAGCGUUUCAUCCCCACGGAGUACGAGAUGAAGCUGAUCCACAGCUACGAGUGUGAGGGCAGGCCGCCGGACGAGCUCAGCGAGGAGGACCGCUUCAUGAUGCGCUUCAGCAAGAUCCCGCGGCUUUCCCAGCGCAUCAGCACGCUCACCUUCAUGGGCAAUUUCCCCGAGAGCGUCCAGCUGAUACAGCCGCAACUGAACGCCAUCAUCGCCGCCUCCAUGUCGAUCAAGUCCUCCAGCAAGCUGAAGAAGAUCCUGGAGAUCAUAUUAGCGUUCGGAAACUACAUGAACAGCAGCAAGCGAGGGGCGGCGUACGGCUUCCGCCUGCAGAGUUUAGAUUUGCUGUUAGACACCAAGUCUACGGACCGAAAGCAGACGUUGCUGCACUUCAUCGUCAGCAUCAUCCAGGAGAAGUACCCGGAGGUCCGGUCCUUCUACACAGACCUGCACUUCCUGGACAAGGCGGCGCUGGUGUCUCUGGACAGCAUCCUGCAGGAUGUGCGGGCUCUGGAGCGCGGCAUGGAGGUCAGCAGACGGGAGCUCAGCGUGGAGAAAGACAAUCCGGUGCUGCAGACGUUCCUCAGCAGCAACGCCGAGCUGCUCCGCUCGCUCUCAGAGGACGGGAAGACUGCCCAGGAUGCGUACGACUCCGCUGUGGAGUACUUUGGAGAGAACUCAAAGACUACUCCGCCCUCGGUGUUCUUCCCUGUUUUUGUCAGGUUCAUCAAAGCAUACAAGCAAGCUGAGCAGGAGAACGAGCAGAAGAAGAAGCAGGUGCUGAACUGUGACGCUCCAUCAACUCCACCUAAAUCCGAAGUUAGUGGGAAUAAGGUUUGCGUGACGUCCAAACUGCCACAGAUGGAUCUGAUCGCCGAGCUGAAGAAGAGACAGGUGUCUCCUCUGGUGAGGGAGGGGAAGGACGGAGCCAUCGAGGACAUCAUUACAGCUCUUAAGUCCGUGCCGUUCACGGCCCGCUCUGCCAAACGCUCCUCUCGUCUCUACUGCGACUCCGUCUUCAGCGACGAGGUAACUUCCCCUCGCUGCUCUCUUCUUCUCUUCUCUUCUCUUCCACUCCGCUCUCCAUGUUGCUGAAUGAGAAGCUGUUUCCCUCUCACUGCACCUUUAACACAUUCAAAAGGAAAAUAAACAUUGUUAUCUUAAAUUGAGGGA